GUUCAAGCACAGGUGAUCCAUGAGAGUGUGGUGCCCAAGGAGCCUCCACCUGAGUUUGAGUUCAUUGCCGACCCUCCCUCCAUCUCAGCCUUUGAUCUGGAUGUUCAAGCACAGGUGAUCCAUGAGACGGUGGUGCCCAAGGAGCCUCCACCUGAGUUUGAGUUCAUUGCCGACCCUCCCUCCAUCUCAGCCUUUGAUCUGGAUGUAGUGAAGCUGACCGCACAGUUUGUCGCCCGAAAUGGCCGCCAGUUUCUCACGCAGCUGAUGCAGAAGGAGCAGAGGAACUUCCAGUUUGACUUUCUUCGACCACAGCACAGCUUGUUUAACUACUUUACAAAACUGGUGGAGCAAUAUACAAAGGUUUUAAUCCCUCCAAAAGGUCUUUUUCUGAAACUGAAGAAGGAAGCCGAGAAUCCUCGUGAGGUCUUGGACCAGGUGAGGUAUCGUGUGGAGUGGGCCAAGUUCCAGGAAAGAGAGAGGAAGAAGGAAGAGGAGGAGCGAGAGAAGGAGAGAGUGGCUUAUGCUCAGAUUGACUGGCAUGACUUUGUGGUGGUGGAGACUGUGGACUUUCAGCCACAUGAGCAAGAACUUUGGUUCAGUUAG